AAAAAUAUACUUUCCUCUCUUGUGACUCUCCAUAAAUACACUAACAUCAAUACCCUAGUCCCUCUCUUUCUCCAAUCAAGCCAUUGUCCCAUUGCUUAGCUUGUUUAGUACUUUGUGAGUCUUGAGGUUUGUGCUUUUUAUGUGAUCAUGGGAAUUCAGAAGCCAGCAUGGUUGGAAGCUCUCUAUAGGGAGAAAUUCUUUGCUGCGUGUUCAAUUCAUGAGUGUGCAAAGAAGAACGAGAAGAAUAUUUGUUGUUUGGAUUGUUGCAUAAGUAUUUGCCCUCAUUGUGUGAUGGCACAUCGUUUCCAUAGACUUCUUCAAAUUCGACGUUAUGUAUACCAUGAUGUUGUUCGACUUGAGGACCUAGAGAAGCUUAUAGAUUGCUCAAACGUGCAGGCCUACACAAUAAACAGUGCUAAGGUAAUUUUCAUCAAGAAAAGACCUCAAAACAGGCAAUUCAAAGGAUCUGGAAACUAUUGCACUUCUUGUGAUAGAAGCCUUCAAGAACCCUUUAUACAUUGCUCUCUAGGGUGCAAGGUUGAUUUUGUGAUAAAGCACUACAAGGACAUUUCUCCAUUCUUAAGGAGAUGCACAACUUUACAACUUGGUCCGGACUUCUUUAUCCCUAAUGACAUGACCGAUGAUGACACAGCUAAUGAGACUGCUCACUCGACUAUUGUGGACAGCGAUGAGCCCUGGGGCUCAUCGACAUCCGGAUCAUCAGGAUCGGAGAACAUGAUGAUGAAUUUUCCAUGCACAGAGUUUGUGAGAAAGAAGAGAAGUGGAUUAUAUGUGUGUGGAAGAAUUACACUCAAUAGUUAUAAGAACAUAACAGAUAAUGAAGACAUGGCUACUAGCAUGAGUAGAAGAAAAGGCAUUCCUCAUAGGUCUCCUUUGUGUUAGAAUUAAUUUAGUAGAAUUAUUUCACAUUUUAAUUACUUUGACCACUUUUAAUUAGAAUUAUUUUUAAUUA